GCGGUUUCGUCACCUGAUUCAUGUGGUUGGACUCGUACUCCAAUAGAACGCCUAUAGAUUUGUGGAUGGAACAGCAUGUCUUGUCCUUAGUUGUGUAGAAUGAAAUACGUUCUUUCACCCAUCAUUAAUCACCAAGCAUAAUGAUGUCCAAGCAGGAGUUUGGAGACAUCAAAGACUUAUCUCUGGACGUUCGCUUGUGAAAAGACUAAAUAAGGUUACAACAACAGUGCACUGGUCAGGUUCAAUCGAUCAGGUUGAAUGCAGCAAGGUACCUGUUGAACAGAGGAUAACACAACACCAACGCAAGAUGGCUCAUCUAGAAGAUGAGAGUCAAAACAGACAAGAAGACGACGAACCUCAAGAUGAUGAGAUUUUUGAGAUGACGAUGCCGCCCUUAUGCGUCUACUUAAGGAGAAUUCUUUGCAAAUACCCUCAGGGUGCACUGUUGAAGGAGCUUGUGCAGAAUGCCGAUGAUGCAAAGGCGAGGAAUGUGAUAUUCCUCUUUGACAGGACAGAGCAUCCCCGUGAUCAACUUUGCUCGGGCAAAUUGGCCGAGUUCCAAGGUCCAGCUUUGUGUGCCUACAACGAUGCCUCAUUCACCAAGGAGGACUGGAAGAACAUCCAGCAUCCCGAAUACAGCAGCAAGCGUGAAGACCCAACAAAAGUUGGACGGUUUGGUCUCGGCUUCAUUUCAGUUUUCCAUCUUACUGAUAUGCCAUGGAUCUUAAGCCAAGGCCGGAUUGGUUAUUUGGAUCCACUAGAAGAGCACUUCGAUGAUCCUGCAGCCGACACAACGUAUGGAGGAAAACGUGGUAAGAGCUGGAAGCUAUCAGAGGCUCUUCUGAACAGGUAUCCUGACCAGUUUUCCCCUUUCCUGCUUGACCUGUUUUCUUGCAAUAAAGCCACUUUUCAGAAUGGCAAGUUCGCAGGUACCAUUUUCCGUUUCCCUCUGCGUAAAACGGAAUCAAAAUUGAGUUCAUCAGUGUUCCAAGAUCACCAAGAAGUCAUGAAAUUGUUUGAAACAUUCCAGACAGAUGCCGAUCUCUCUUUGCUGUUCCUUAAGAAUGUUGAGUCCAUUGCUGUGUAUGAAAGGGGACCAAAUCAGGAACAUCCAAGACUUAUCUUUAGAGUGCAGAUACGUCAAGACGACCGUCAUCAAGUGCGCCACAAUAGGGAAACAUUCUUCAGCAAAAUUCCAGAGCGACAAGACUUUUGUACUGAUGGUAAUUUACAGAUAGAGAGCCAUCCCGGACCGUCAGGUAAUGACAUUGUCAGCAAAUUCAUCAUCGUAAACUCCUUAAAGAGCAGGGACGUAUCAGCUGACCUUGAUGCCCUUAUUCACGAUAAAGAGGUGAAAUUCCUGCCUUGGAUGGGGAUGGCUUUUCAAACCAACUCUAUUGUAGAGCAAAACGGUCGCUGGUUUUGCUUCCUGCCUUUGCCAGAAAGCGAGGCAGUUGUCUUACCCGUUCACAUCCAUGGCUAUUUUGGUCUCAGUGAUGACCGCCGAAGGAUCAAGUGGCCGGACAAGGAAUCUCAAUAUGAUAAGGAAGCCCGCUGGAAUCACCUUCUAGUCACAGAAGUACUUCCCGAGGUUUACGCUGAGCUACUUUUGGCUGCCAUUGAAAAAAGUAAAGACCCAGCAUACGCCAUGCUUCCGGUAGAUGUGUAUAAAGGAUGGCCUUGCAAAGAGAAGAUAACUGAAAGUGAAUUGUGGUCGGGCACUGUCAAAAGGUUCUUACUACUCCUGAAAGACAAGGACAUUUUCUACACAGAUCAAGGCCGGUGGAUGAAACCAGCUGAUAUCUUUAUCAACACCAAAAACGAUAAAUUAAUUUCAAAGGUGUUGAUUCAGAAAAAGCUCCCUGUUGCACUGCUGCCAAAUCACAUCCUAGAUUUGCUCGACUGGGCAGAUUUUGAUUACCAGAUGGUAACACCAGAACUUGUCAGAAACUGCAUACGUGGAGACGACCUUCGGUUUCUUACACGUGAAGAGAAACUUGAGCUGCUAGAGUAUGUCAUCAGCGACUGCAUCACUGACCUUAAUGGCUUGCACUUACUCCCUUUGGGCAACGAAGAAUUUACGUCAUUUGGGGAGAAUUUACCGACAGUUUACAUUGCCAGCAAUGAAAAUCCCAGCAUGCUCAUCCCAAAUGGAGAAGAGAAAUUUGCUGCCAGUGACAUGCCAGCAGUGCUCAGGGAUUCCAAGGUGAAGACAUUCACUCAGCUGAGGGCAUUCUGCAUCACAGAUGUCGCCCCGUUGUUGCUGGAAAUGUUUCCUAUAGCCUGGCGUAACUUUUCAGCAAGUAAUACAAUGCCGUGGACCCCCGGUGUUGACAAACAUCCGUCUUCCGAGUGGUUGAAAAUGCUGUGGCAAUGGUUGUCCAGAAACCAUAUGCAAUUGCAGCUCAGCACGUUCAAAUGUAUUCCGCUGGUGCCCGCACCAACCAACAGUAUAACUAGACUAAGAGAAAGUGGAUUGAUAUCCAGCAACCUGUGGUCGACCGUGGAUACAGACCGUCUUUCAGAAAAUAUCUGUUCAUUUUUGGAGUCUAUAGGCGCAAUUGUUGUUCGUGAUGAGCUUCCGGAAUAUAUGACACAUCACCCACAUCUUAAGGACUUCAUCAGAUCCCCAACCCCAAAAGGUGUGAUGACCAUCCUGGAGACAAUGAGUGACAGAAACGGAACCGAACACAUAUACGACAGUAUCUUACGACUGUCCUCGGAGGCGAAAGAUGAACUACGAAAUUUGCUGACUCAACCCCACUGGACACCAACAGAUCGUCAGAAAAACAUUUUGAGACAUGUACCACUCUUCUUUACAAGUGAUGGUCACUACAUUUCAGCUGAAAGUUGUAGAGCUGCAGUUCCAGCGAACUACUUCGGAAUACCUGUCAGCACCUUGAAUGACGGCUCAAAGUACAUAGUUCAAAGAGAUACUAGUGAAAAUCUGUCCUCCUUGGUACGUGUAAUAUCUGAACGUGAACUCCUAGCUAAUAACAUUCUUCCCGCUGUUGCUGAAGGAUACUACGAGCUCUCUGAAUCAGUCGAGAUCAUGACCUGGGUUUUGGAAAGACCAACAUUUGACGAUCUAACUAGAAAAGCAAAGUUUAUACCUGGGACUUCAGACACACAGCUGUUGUGUCCUGAUGACUUGUAUGAACCCAUUGACAAACUGAAACUUUUGUUAAGAGGUAAGAACGUGUUCCCUACAGGAGUAUAUGCAGAAGGCAGGCUUCUGAAAUUAUUGCAGCGUUUCAGUCUGAAAAAUCAGUCUGAGAUUUCAUCGGCUGAUGUGCUCCAUGCUGCCCUUGAACUUGACAAAACUCAAGAAACAGACCAAGCAGAUGUUGCAAGAGGAAGACUCCUGCUAGAACACAUUAAUCUCCACCCUCAUCUUUUAAUGGAGAAUGUCAGACGCAAUGGGACAGAUGAGAAACCGCUGCACGUGUUUCUCAAAGAGUUACACUGGGUGCCAUGCGAAGCGUCAUGUCCCCAUGGCUAUCCAGCAUCCGCUGGAUGGAUGGGAAACUCCAGAACUCUUUAUUCGCCGACGGAUAUUGGGAUGAUUGAGUUUUCCUUGCUUUGUGGAUCGGUGCGGCCACUCGUAGACCUAGCUAACAUGCAAGAAGAUUUGCUGAGUGCAUUCGCUUGGAAGAAGCCUGAUCCUAACGACCGUGCAGAGUGUCAACGUGUCAUUUGUCAUUUGAAGAAUAUUUCUGAUACACAUCAGCCUGGCCAAGAAACACACACCGUCUCUGAUUCUGUCUCCGUGAUAUACCAGUUCCUCGGUGAAGCUUCAGACCCAACAGUAGCAGAAAUCUUUGAAACACACCUGAAUCGGUCCCAUCCCUGGGUUUGGCAUGGAUCAGGAUUUACGACACCGGACAAAAUAGCUUUAAGUACAGGCAGCCUCAGCAUCAGUUUGAUACCGUAUCUCCACAUUGUACCAGAGGACAUGCAGAAAUAUAGCAUUUUCCUGUCUAAAGGGGGUGUCCAGCAAACUUUCUCAGUUACUGAACUAUGCUCAGUUCUUCUCAGUGUGCAGGCAAAACAUCAACCUGAACAUGUUCCCAGCGAAGAAGAGUACCAGACAGACUUGAAUCUGGUUUGCAACAUAUUAAAGUAUAUCGUUGACCAUGCCAACGUUAGUACUGUGACGCCCGACAUCUUAGUGCCGUGUAGGACAGACAGGGGCCAGAGACUUUUAAAAAUGGUACCGCCUUGUGAAUGCUUGUAUGUAGAUCAACAGCGACUAGUACAGCAGCUGUAUGAUAAGGACACCAAAGAAGAGCUCAAUAAGGAGGUGAUCCACGAGUCGAUAUCAAACGAUGUGGCUCAGCGCUUGGGACUUCUUCCUUUAAGCCACUUUCUUGCUCCUACGGAUGAAGUGGAAUAUGAGACAGAUGGCCCCCAUAUAACGCCAGUCAAUGCUAUCAAGCAGAAUCUGGACAUGUAUAAAAAUAACGACGUAUUUAAAGAGUUGAUUCAGAAUGCUGAUGAUGCAGGCGCUACAGAGGUCAGAUUUCUCUUUGACUGGCGCAGCAAUGAGAAAACUGCUUCCGCUCUGUUGAGUGAGGGAAUGAAGACAUGUCACGGGCCGGCUCUCUGGGCUUACAAUGAUGCCCGUUUCUCACGACAUGACAUAAGGAACAUUUGCAGUGUAGCUGCGCAAAGCAAGAAGCAUCAAACGGACAAAAUUGGAAGAUUUGGUUUGGGAUUCACGUCAGUCUAUCAUCUGACAGACAUUCCCAGUGUCGUCAGUGGCCCCUAUGUCUUGAUCUGUGAUCCGAGAACAAUCCAUCUUGGAUUACGUGUGAAGCCAGGACAGCCGGGCAUUAGGAUAGAUCUGACAAAUGACCGCCAUCGAAGGACACUGAGGAGUUACCCUAACCAGUUCCAGCCCUACAACGGCAUAUUUGGCUGCGAUCUCACGGCAUCAACCAAAGGCUUUGAUCAUACACUUUUCCGAUUGCCACUACGCACAGAAUUUGGAGCCAGCAGCCAACAACCAAAUCAACUUUCAGACUUCAUCUGUGACACAAAGGACAGAGUUCUUCCAUUGAUAGAAUCCGUCAAAAAGUUUUCAUCUACUCUACUACUGUUCACGCAGAACGUUGUCAAAGUUAGUCUUCAUGAACUGUCUGAAAAUCAAAGCGGAAUGGAAGAUAUCAUGUCUGUCACAGUUUCUCGAUUGCGGCAAUUGCCACGAUCCAUAUCAUUCAACUAUGACACAGCUGAGUUGAAGACGGAACGCGGCCUGCUCUUUGCUACCACUGAAUGCAUUAAAGACCCGGAUUUGCCACUUCCAGAAACAACCAUGGUCUUGAAAAUCGCCCACACGAUACAUGAAUCAGAAGAACCGACUGAAUCUGCAGAGGUUAACAAAGACUUGUACUUCAUCACUAGUUCCUGCAUGGCCAAAGGGGACAUUUUGGAUUUAGCCCAAACACCCGAAGGUGAAGAAGAUGCAGUUCUGCCUUGCGGUGGAAUUGCUGCCCAACUUGAUUUUGGAGAUGGAGACUGCUUAAUGCCAAAAGCUGUAGAGGGAAGUGCAUUCAGUUAUCUGCCACUUAGUGUCUUGACAGGCUUACCCUUCCAUAUCAAUGGCAAUUUCUUACUGCAGCCAAAUCGCAGGCAAUUGUGGGGUAAGUCCUCGUCUGGAACGGAAGCUUUCGAGGUUCGCUGGAAUUGCUGCUUUAUGGAAACAGUUUUGUGCAAUGCAUUGCUGAAUCUGCUUCAGGAUCUUCGGUUGUUGCAAGAACAGAACGUCGUCGAUGCUUCCAAUUUUCAGACUCUUUGGCCAAAGAGGAAGAGAUGCGAUAGUGACUUCCAUCCCUUGGUGGAUGCCUUCUAUAGAAGAAUUGGUAGGGAAAACAGUGCUCCAGCAGUUAUUGUCAACCAAGGCCAAUGGCUAACCGUACAUGACUGCUUCUUCACGGAGUGGGUUGCUACUGAUCCCCAAGGCCUUAGAUGUAGCAUAAAGGUUGUGCUGGCAGAGAACCAGAGACCAAAGACACAUGUGGUGCUUGAACCAGAGGUCACUACCAGCAUAUCGGAGGCUGGCGCAAACAGUUUCUUGGACGUAAACACCUUCAGUGUUGAGCGAUUCCUACAACAGGUUUUCUUUCCAGCUCUUGUAGAUCGUCGACACAUUGAGCAUGAGCACCACAAUGAAAUAAUCCUACAUGUGUUAGAUCUCCGUCUUGGUGAAAGAAAGAUUACAGAAUAUGAUGACCACCUGAAAACCACAAAAUGCAUUCCUGUCUCUCCGCAUGGUGCGAAACUUGUUACUCCUGAUUAUUUGGUCGACCCAUGUGCGCCGAUUGCAUCACUGUACAGCGAGCAAGAUGGUCGAUUUCCAUACGGUAGUCAAUAUCGCGAACAAGCUCGCUUAGUGUCACUUACAGAGCUUGGUAUGGCAUCAAGUGACUUACCGUGGGAAGAAAUUUGCAAAAGAGCUGAGUCAAUGCGAAUAAAACACCAGUUCGAGCAACAAGGAAUGACACUUCUUAAUCUGAUGGACAAGAAGCUCAGAAACUUUGAUCAACCCACACCAGAGCAGCAAGAGAGGAUCCGCAAUGCACCUUUCUUACCCGUCCUUGAAAAGCCCAAGAACUACCCAGCAAGUUGGUUCCGAUGCGACGAGGAGAUGAUGUCUGCGGCUGCACUGUUUGGAGAGGGACAUCGAGAUCUUUUAGGGUCUGUCAAACCGCUCUUAGACGACAAGAGACUUGGGACUGUAGCAACUAGCCCUCAAAUUAGGGGUCUCCUUGGCAUUCAUGAAAAAGGCAUCCUGGUAACUGAUGUCAUGCAACAACUUGCUAUUAUAAUCAAGGAAGCGCCCGUAUGCAUACAGGAAACAUCUUCCAUUGUUGCCAACAUAUACACUUUUCUCCAAGAUAGUGUCUGCAAAUGCGAUGACGACGGAAGGACAGAUGAAGAAGAUCGUAACGUUCUCGAGAUACUGCGUUCAAUGAAUUUUGUCCUUUGUGAUGACGGAGUGUUCAGAGAGUGUAGCACACUUGCCUUUGAUUACAGUGGACCAAAUGGACCAUAUUUAUUCGCUUCCCCCCCUAGACAUUCCCGCGUAAGAAAGCUGCUGAAGCGUUGUGGGGUGAAGAGCGAAUUUGAGGUGGUCGAUUACCUCAAUACUUUGUAUCUCUUGAAAGAGAAGUAUCGAGGCAAGCCACUCAAGGAAAGCGACCUAGACACUGCGAAAGCAAUGAUGGCUCAUAUUGUUAAACAGUGGAUUAGCGAUCGACACAAAACGCAGAGCAUCUUACAAGACAAUCAAGUGUUUGUUCCGGACAAUUCCAGCAUUUUGCGCACACCUUGCGAAUUAACGCUUGGUGUUCCAGACUUAGAAGAGAGCCAUGAGGAUGUACACGUAUAUACCCAUUCUUGUGUAACUACCAAAGAAGCCGAAGUUUUUGGUAUUAUGACACAAAAAGAGCGGCAACUAGAGGCCUGCUCUUCAAGUGCAGGAUUUGAAAUGGAGUUUGGACAACACGAAGAACUAGUGGAUCGCCUUCGGAGUAUAUUGGUAUCGUACCCAAAUAUUUCAGACGUGUUUAAAGAGCUGCUCCAAAAUGCCGAUGAUGCUAAGGCCACAGAAGUACACUUUGUCUACGAUCCCCGCAGCCAUGAAACAGGGAAAAUCAUAUCAGAAACUUGGGCUCCAAUACAACGGAUGCCAUCAUUGUGCGUGUACAAUGACAAACCUUUUAGUGAAGCAGAUAUUAGUGGCAUUCAGAAAGUGGGAAUAGGGGCAAAACGAGACGACAUUACAGCAGCAGGAAGGUUCGGUAUUGGUUUCAGUGCAAUCUACCAUUUGACCGAUUGUCCAAGUUUUUUUAGCAACUGCGACACGCUCUGUGUUUUUGACCCGCUUCUCAAGUACGUUCAGGGAACACGAGAAAAAAAGGCCGGCAAACGGUUUUCAACUGGCGAGCACUUUAGAAAGGUCUGCUCAGAUAUGCUGAGGGGAUAUCUUGUGGACACAGAGGAAUUCUCUGGAAUGAAGGGAACAAUGUUCCGAUUUCCACUCCGAACCGAGCCAUCUAAAAUUUCGAAAAGGGUCUACGGCCUUGCGGAUGUACAGAGUUUGCUAGAACAAUUCCAGGUGAUAGCUCAGGAUGGUCUCCUCUUUCUGAACAAUGUUAAAAAGAUAACUAUUUCGUGUGUUGAUGAGCAGGCGAACAAACUGAACAAACGGUUCAGUAUCAAUGCUACUUUUUCAGAUGACGACCAGAAUCGACGAUUAGCGAUUACAAAAUACAUCGAAUUGUACAACACCCCAGGCUUGGAAAUUGCACCUGUUUCAUAUGUGUACAGUCUUCAGACGUGUGAUUCGGAAGAUACUAAAAGAUCGUGGUUGAUUUCCCAAAGGCUGGGGUUUCAAGAUCCUGCCAUAAAUGGCCAGGAUUUUUCUGAUACUACAGGUUUGAAGAAGCCCCUUCCGAGAGGUGGGGUAGCAGCGCUUAUUAAAGACAACAAACGUGUAAAUCCAAAGCAUGAUCGACACAAAUCCAUGAAAGCAUACUGUCUCCUACCUUUGCCAAUAAGUACCAAUUUACCUGUGCAUGUCAAUGGGGCAUUUGAGUUGGAUCCCAUCAGGAGACAUCUCCUGAAGGGGGAUACUGGUACUAAAACCGGCGGGGGUGUUGAAGACAGUGGUAUCCACAGGUGGAACCAACAACUAGUGCAAAACGUAAUUGCCCCAGCCUAUGCCAAAUUACUCCAACACGCAGGCCAGAAACUUUUAGGAGACUGUCACAGAAUCAAGUGAAGAUAUUUUGAUACUGUACGAUGGCCUUUUCCCUAGGGACUUAGAGGCAGUACACGAUGAGUGGCAUCUUUUGGCCGAGGCAACUCUUCGCUAUAUAGGGAAGAACGAGUUGAAAGUUCUGCCCGUCCUAAAUCCUACUUCUGGCAAGGUAAGCUGGCACCAUCCAAACAGCUGUAUGAGUGCAGCAUUUUUUGAUAACUUGCAUUCCGAAAACGAUUCGGACGCCCAGAGUAAGCUAGAAGGGUCUAUUUCAUCAGACCCCGCCAAAGUGCUCCGUCAGUUUUUGUUUAAGGUUGGCUUCCAUCUCUUAGCGUCUUCUCCAGAGCUGUGCAAAGCCUUCCAAGCGUCUGAUGUUAAAUCGGAAUUUGUAUCUCCUAAAGCCGUUGUGAAGCAUAUGUCAUCUCAGUCGGCCAUUACACCAAAGUUACCAGCUCCUCUAAAGACAACCGACUUCGGAAAUGAGGACUCUUUCAAAGUGGUUUUCGAAUACUGCCUUGAUGCUGUAAAAAGACCUUCAGACCUUAUUGGCCUACCACUCAAGCUCACAGAUGACAGUACACUGAGUUACUUUUCAUCAAGUGACGGAUUGUAUGUUACAUGCGAGGUGCUACCCUCCUGGAAUGGAAAAUUUUUGCACAGAGCUGUGGUUGAAUUGUGCAAGGAUUGGUUCACGAAGAACGACAUUGCAGAGGAAGCAUACAACAGUGGAGUAUUCAUGAAUUUUAGCAUUGUGGACCUUGACAGAUACUUAGAAGAGCAGCUGCCCGAUGACUGGAAAGGCAGUGGACUCCAUAAAGAGUGGACACCUGAACAGAACGGUCACCCGUCCAGGUCAUGGAUGAAACAGUUGUGGAAGUUCAUCAGCAGAGUAUCUGUAAAGCAGACAAAGUUCACAUUGGAAGGUAUCAAGACUUGGCCAAUCAUUCCAACGAAUGAAGGAAAAUUGGUGCCGCCUUGUAAAUCAAAAACAGUGUUGUUCUUACCCUCGUGGAAAGUUGGGCGAUUUGGAACGAAGGAGGUUAGUGCACUGCGCCAUCUGAAUCUUCCUGAAGUUGGAUUGAAUCAAAUGUUUGAAGAUAAAAUGAGGAAAACGGUUGAAAAGGAACUGAUGCAGACACCAGAAGCAUCAAUAGCACAACUGUUGCAACAAUCGCUUGCACUUCCACAGAACCAUGAUGAAGUACUCAAAGUGAUCCAGUUUAUGCUGGAAACAGGUGCUUCACCUAGCAGUCUGUCACUAGCUGAGUGCAACACCCUGCUUUAUUAUUUCCAAGAGGGUUAUGCCAGCAAGCCGCUAACAGAAGAAAUGGCUACAACAAUAAGACAAGUUCCGCUUUUCAAACUCCUGGGUGACGACAGGGUUGAAGAAAUCCAACGUUUUCAACAUUAUCACACAGUGGAGGGAUAUGAAAUUCUUCCCGACGAAAUAGAUGUAUGGAAAAAUCCCAUGAAAUGUGUCUUUCUUGAGCAAAGCUCUUCCUUGGACUUGAUUUACAACAAACUUGGAAUAUCACCCAUCAGCCAUGCUGACGUCUACUUUCGGUACAUUUUUCCAAGUUUUCACCUCCUAACACAGAAGGCCGUAUUGAAUCAUGUGAAAAAUAUUAACUAUAACAUUCUCCAAACGGUUUCAGAAGCAAAAAAAGAAAAAGUUUAUUGUUCACUUGCCGAGAUUCCAUUCAUCCAUGACAAGUCGAACAUUCCACGACCAGCAAGGUUUUUUUUUGAUCCAGGAAAUCGAGUUUUUAAAGCCAUGAUUUCCCCAGACAGGCUGCUGCCGGAGCCGAUGAGGAGUGCGUCUCUGCGAGGUUUCUUCAAAAAACUCGGCCUACAGUCUAAUGUAAGCAAGCAAGAUUUCAUUCGUUUUGCUCAGGAAAUAGAAAUAAGUGCAAAAUAUGCUUCAGAUGACGAGGAGCAGAAAUGUCUGUGUGAGAAAGCAAAGACUCUGAAGAAAGAACUAGAUUCGAAUGAGAAGCUACACGAUAGGAUGUUUCUUGAGAAGAUCUCCAAGAUUAAAUUCAUCCCUUCGGUUAGCGCUGAAGACAUUCCAAAGAACAUAUCCAGAGAACUCUUGGAUAUCUGUCCGGCCUUCUGGGCGACAAACAUUUCUAGCCCUCGUCCUUUCAUUGCCUAUCGUUGGUCAGUGCCAUACGAUAACUUAGCUCUGGUAUGGUCUGUGUCCAAUGUGCUACCUUCCUGGGCAAUGCCGAAGAUUAAUGAAUCAGAGAGGAAUAGAGAGGUUUGGAGUGCCCUUGGCACGCAAGAAAAGCUCGCGAUCAUGGACAAGGUUCUCAGGCAUACUAAACGUCUUGCUUCGCGCAUGGAGGAGAAAAACGCCAUACACAAAACAGACACAGUCUCUACAGAGGUUCGGAUGGCGGUGAAAAAGGUCAUGAAAGAAGUAUUACGAUACCUCUGUGACAAUCUUGAUAAGAGCAAAGAAAUCAUCAAAUCUUCUCUGCAGCGCACGCCCAUAUGCGUAGUAGACGAUGGGUGUAUCUUCGUCCGGGCAGACCGGCUCGUACUUGACAUGCCCGCAGAUCAUGAAUGCAUCCUUAGACCAUACUUAUUUAAAGUUCCCAGAGAAUGGGGAGAGUUUGAUGCUGUUUUUAAACUUCUCGGGGCUAGCAACUUUUAUACGUUCGACCAGCUUGCCAAUGUGUUAUCAACUAUGAAUGCAGAGUGCGCAAACCAGCCCCUACCGCCAAAUGAAUUAAGAACUGCCAAAAUAGUCGUUGCAGAGAUAUUCAGGUUGUUGAGUACGCAACAAGGAGAAUGCGAGAUCACAUGCUCAGCGCUGUUCCUGCCGAGUUCAAAGUACAUUCUAAAGGAAUCAACUCUCCUGUACUACGUAGAACCUGACCUACUAGACCAGUUAAAGCCAGAAUCAAUUGUGAAAGAAAUACUACUUCCGUUGAAGCAGGUAGGACUUCAGUGCGAGGAUGAAAUGGGUCUCAUUCGUCGUCUUCCUCAGAAACUAAGACCGAAAUACCUGUCAGAUGAGAUGCGCGAAAUACCCUGUGACACAAACGUAGACUGUAGCGAGGGCGAACAUUGUCAGUAUCUAGCAUACAUCAAGCAGAUGGUGACUUCACAAGAGGUGAUGCAGGCCAUACUCCGUUUGAUUCAGCACCAAAUGCAUGGAAAGGAACCGAACGCAGAUGCCAAAAAUCGUAUAGCAGCACUUCAAAACGUCGCGAACUUCGUCUGCAAGACUGAACUGAAGCUUGCUUUGUAUGAUACUAGUGGAAUGCAGGGACCUCAGUUGCUUUACCCACGUAAAGCUUUCUUCCACUCAGGUACUCGUUGUAUGCACCUGGAGCACAGAUCAUGGCCAAUGACGAGGCACACAAGUGCGAUCUUCAGCCAAAUUGCCAAGUGUUGCAAUGACAUCUUGAACGGUUUGUUAGACAUUUCUCAUGUGUCAUACUUGCAAACUGCUUUAGACUGCUCAAGUCCUGAUGAGAUGAAUGGAGUGCUGAGUUCCGAAUGUAGAAUUCCAGAAUACGGAGGCGACAUUUCCGAUUUUCAUGCAGAGUUGUAUCAGCCAGGGAAGAUCGUGCCCCGCAGUGAUAUACUUCACGUCCUUGAGCAAGACCCACUGAACGUUUUCCAUAAACAAGAAAUCGUGGGCUACGAGAGAAAUAUCGACGGCAGAGGUGCAAUGGUUGCAACCGCUGCAGAGCCCUCAGAGUUUGUAACACAGGACGAGGCAACCGAAAUGAUUUAUGCCACCAUCGUUGAUGAAAUUCCUCAAGACGAGGUACCCUCCUCUCGAUCAAAGCAGUAUGUAAUUGACAUUGGCCAACCAGAGAAUAUCACUGUAUCCGUGACAACACUGCACAGAUUUCUGAAGCCUUGGCAAGGAGGAAGACGUAGUAACAUCAAACAAUAAUCUUCCCAAACACCCCAAAGACCCAAAGCAACAACAAAGACCGCAUUGACAGGGCGGUAAGGAAAGCCAUGAAACUACAACUGAAAGAACAAGAGGGUAAUACGUUGACUUUACCGCAAGCGGCAUCCUGAUAAAAUCCAGGAGGAAGGAACGUCUUACUGAGGCGUUUACAUUUCUCCAACAGGAGUUACACCGUCUUGAUUUGACUAACAAGUACAGCCAUCAGUACACGUGUAUUUUCGUUGGGAUUCUGAAGUCCAUAGAGUUAGGGAGGAGGUAUCAACAGUAGUACAGCAGGAGUCACGGACGGAGGACGGGUGGUACGCCUAGGUCAAAUCGUAGACACGUGCCACCCUCAGCUCCUUCUCCAGAGAGACACCAGACCCACGCAAUGCCAGAUUGUGGUUCCGGCAAGCCGUGGAACACUUUAACUUUGCCGAACGAACGGGUUUAAAUAUCAAUUCCGUAGGCCGCGCUAUCCAGAAAGUUGGAGAUCACAGACAAGUGGACAGUUGUACAAAGAUUUUAACGCAGACUUCGCCCUGAAACUCUGCAAAGACUUGCUGUACCUUAUCCAGGAAAUAAUCAGAAUAAAUGAGGUUUAAAUGAAACGCCAGCUAAUCUGAAUACUCAGUGGUGUAAUUCUACAAGAAGAAUUAGAAGCCAUCACUGUGGUGGCCGACGUGCAUGGACAAAUGGUGUGCGCGCGUUACAUGCCUCUUUAACUAAUAAGUUGUCGUGAUUUAACAAGUGCAGGCGCAUGUCACAGCAGUUAUGACGUCAAAUUGGAUUAGUCUAUAGGAACCUGCCGCGAGUGUGUGGUGUGAUCGUUCCAACUAUUUUACGAGUUCUUUAUGUCGUAUAUAUAGCAAACCAGGAUCAUGUAAUAAUUUUAACACCAGUUGAUAGUGGUGGGUGUGUUCUGAGAAAUUAUUCUGUUAGGUCAUUAUAUAACGGUAUAUUGUAACGAUGUUGCAGUCUUGUCUUCGUCGUAUUAGUUUUUUUAAUAGUCCGUGAUUUUUGUCCAUUUAUUGUUUUUGUUGCUGUUAAAUCUGCAGUGAAUAGCAAUUACAGUCGCUCUGCAACUGAGUUCAUUCCUAUGUGACUUUUGUGCAUUUAUAUCAAUGAAUAUAGCAAACUGGUGUACACCUGAAAAACACUAGCUACAAGCAUCAUGUUGAAACUGAAAUUAUAUAACUUGUUCAUUUGUUCAUUUGUGGUGUGUGGACCCACUGUUUUUUACUUUUGGCUGGAAAUACUGAUAAAAUAAAAAGGUUAAUUGACGACCCCUUUGGACGAAUUUGUAGAAUAAUCAGUAUUUGCCAUUAGUAUAGCAAGGUUUUCAAUCAACAUCUAUUGUGGGUCGAUGUGGAUCAUUCCCUCUACAGCCGAUUUAUGGAUGGCAAUAUUCCACGCAGUGGUAGACUAAGACUGGUGAAUGCACUAACAAACUGAUCUCCUUUAUUUUGUACAGGCAAGGCCAUUAAUUUUCGUAAGGAUGUCUUAACAAUUUAUUUUGUAGAUCUACAAAAUAUUUAAUUACAUGUUUCAUAAAGGUUUGGGUUAUAAAGUUUUUGCACUUUGUAUAAAAGUCAUUUGUGAUUUUUCGAGAGGGGGAUUGGUUGGCACAGUGGUCCAUAGUAUGUUUAUACUCUAGCAUGAUGAGUGUUUCAAAUGUUAUGUUUCGAUGUCGUGUCUGUGUGAUUUUAUGUGUUCUGUAGUGUACAUUUUUAACUAGAGACGACAAUACGUAACUUCUCAGUUUUCAAUUUAUAAAGGUUUUAGCUAUCUAUGUUAUAAGCACUGUAAAGACUACAUUCAUUGUACCUGGCAAAUGUUGGAGAAGGUGUGACAAUAAUUCAUCCGUUAGUAGAUACAGCAUCUUGUACAUAAUUAAAAAAACACGGUUUUAAAGAAAAAUUUCUAAAUUAAUCAUGUAUUGUACACAAGAAUUCACACGUGAGUCAUAAUCUGUUACCACUUUUUUAUACCAAAAUCGAAAUGCUAAACCAGUACACAGAAAUGGUCGAGAUGUAUAUUUAGCAAAGGACGACUGGGCUGAUCUGGUAUGCGUCCAUUUUCCCUAAUAUCACCUGUGUUAAUUCUUUUUUUUCGUUUUGUGAGCGUAGGUUUGGGAAACCUGUGUUUAAAAUGCUAAUUGCUUCAUUUGAAAAAGCGUAAAUUAACCUGACGUGUGAGGCCUGAAGCUGUGAUUUUUUUCGGGCUCACGACCAAUAAUUCUGCUUUAAAGUUUCACCAGAUAAAGGUUAAACCGACAAAUCAUCCCCUGGUUUGAUAUCUUGUCAGUGGCCUUAUGUAUAUCAAAUACAUGCAUUUUGUGAAUUCAAAGGUUCUCAUUUUCAGCGGUAAGUAGCACAAGUUAUUUUGGGUUUAAGUAUACCAGUUAAAUAGAACUUAUUCUCAAUUUACGCAAUUUACCACAAAAUCUUUACUCAAAACAAGUCAAAUUUGAAAAGAAGUCUUAGUGGUAACUGCGUGAUAUUUGAGUCAUGUCUGCUGUAUUUUAAUGGCUGCCUUCAUCCUAUCCAAAUUUGUAAAUUAGUGUAUAAAAUUUGAAAUUAAUGGGAUUGAGACUUCUUAGACGUGAUAUGUAGUGCAACAGUUAUUCUUAAGUGUUUGCUAUUGUAACAGCUGGUAGUCAUUUCUGAUGAUGAUUAGCAUGUUCAAAGUCAAGGUCACAUACAUUAUAGAGUAUAAUUAUGGAGACGUUUGAGUCGAAUUUUUUUGUAAUACAUGUACUGAAUAAAGUAAUCCUUGCAUUUUAGUAAAUAAUCAGCGCUACGCGUGUACACAUCUUAUCCAUGCAGUAUUAAAAGACAGCAAAAAGGAAUGUUAGGCUUAAGUGAUGAAUACAAGUGAAUGCUUAAAUUUCAGGAUUUCCAUGCUGUGGUUUUCGAUAUUAUACUCAAGGUUUGUGUAUUUAGAAAUAUUCCGCUUUUGUUUAGAUUUUUGUGAUGUUUGGUGAUUGAGUAGUAUUUUUAAAUUAUGUCCGAUGUGCCUUGUAAAUUUGAAAAGCAAAACCUAAGCCUUUACAUUCUAAAUCAGCGAGUUGGGAAAAGGGCGAUGAACGCAACGCGCGGUGGAUUUUACCCCGCGAUUAUCUCGUGCCAGAAGAGACAAUGCAUUGUCAUUGACUACUACUGGGCCUACACGACGAAGAGUGGGACUGUGCCUUGUACAUGUAUUUCUGUCUGUGUAUCAUGAUUACAAUAGUGUUCAUGCUUCAGUGUUUCUUAGAAAAUGGAAAAUCCUCAACAGUGAGUUUUCAAGCUUGUAUAUUUUUGUUUAUUCGUCAGCCUGAUACAUGUAUUACAAGUUUUAAAAGUUUUGGAGAACGGCCAAUUUUAUUGUAGUGUAUCUCCAAGUUUUAAAGUUUUAGAGAACGGCAAAUGUUACCAUACCAUAGUGCAUGUCCAAGUAUAAAAGAGUUAGAGGACGGCAUAUGUUACUAUUAUGUAUCUCUAAGUAUUAAAUGUUUGGAGGACCGCAACUGUUACUUUAGUGUAUCUCCAAGUAUAGUUUUGGAGGACGGCAAAUGUUACCAUGAUAGUGUAUGUCCAAGUAUUAAAGUUUUGAAGGACGGCAAAUAUUGCUCUGGUGUAUCUCCAAAUAUUAAUUUAGAGGAUGGCAAGUGUUGAAGCCAUGGAAGGCGACAAAUACCGGGCGUUUUAGGAGGAUUAGUUACAUUGCAAAUUUCUGAGGAAGAUUUGGAAAUAUCAUACUGUUAAGACCUCGAGUUAGGAACACAUAGAGUUUGUUGUAUUUGUAUGCAAACACGAGUACAAGUUGACGAACAGAAUCAUAAUCUGUUACAGGUUUUUAUUUUAAGACAUUACAAGUUUUUAUUUUAAGACGUGUAACGCCAUUGGAUUUUGCAUGUGGAAAUCGGCAUAAUUGUGUUCUAAAUAGUUAUGUAAUAAAUGUCAUAAGAGGGGCGUUUUCAUAAUCCACACAAAGCAAGGGAAUUGCUUUUUAAUGCAAUUUAAGGGAGAAAAGGGAGAAUGUAUGGGGGUUUUGUGCGAGUUUUGGCAUACUGCCCUCUGUCCCCUUUCCUUUGACAGGCCGAUGGGCUGAUCAUGUCGCGAAAUGUGUCAGUGACUAAGUGUUCUUUUGCGCAGUUUUCAUUAUUGUUAAAGUUCAAUUCAGUUUAAAGUCAACAUAACUUUGUAUGAAAACUGGACGAAUAUAUUUACUUUUGCUUACUACUGCUAGGGGAUGUUUUGAGCAUUGCUGUCAUAUUUGGUACAAUAUGUUGUCUUAUUAAUUAAAUUCAAAACGAAUAAGAUGAGGUCUUUAACUCUAAUUUGAAUUUUCAAAUUUGUAGAAGUAGUGAAUGAUAGCCCGAUUAAGAUUAAAAUUAAUGUGGAAGUAAACCAA